CACGGCGCCUUCACCAGUGACGGGUGAAUCCACUCGCCCGCGUCGGCGUCCCAUCUUGGGAGAGCGACGUCCGCCGCAGCGCCGGCCUCGGGCAAGCCGUCCGCGCUUGCGUCGUCGCCGGGUGCCUACAAUGCAUCACCAUUUGUCAUGAAAACAUCUGACUGCCAAUAUGGGAAAAAUAAAUUCGGGCAGCUAAUGCGUCCUUGCUCAGUGUAGAGCAAAUCGAGUAUGCCAUUAAUAUUUUUGCACACAGAACACAAUCAUAAUUUUUUUUACAAGAACAUGGAACCGGGCUGGAAAAUGCGCGAGCAGUGUCGCCUCGGGUCUAAUUGCACAGGACAUGAUGGGACCUUGCGCGGGAGUGCCCCGGGCAUUGGCAAUUUAUGCCGCUCUUGUAUUUCUUUCCCGGAGGCAAUGGCCUCGGACCUUGGUGAGGCCUUGUUUCGUGCGGCGCGGCCGUCUCUUGAGAAGCACCUGCGGGGUUAGUUAGUUUAUAAGUGGGAGUUUAAUUAUUGCUUUGCUUAGAGCCAGGCUGCCUAGCCGCGGGC